AAAACAGUGAAACACAACGCGUACACAUUAAUUGCAAACUAUUCCCUCAAUCACAGCCUCAGUACAGCUGGACGGCGGAUUUCUUUGAGAUCGUUCACUGCGACACUGGACAGCACCACCUUCCUAAGCAAGGCAAGUGUGGAGCGUACAAGUCAAAUUAACACCGCACUGGGAGCAACGCUAUCGGGAAAUUUGUACGUCGUUGACUGUAACCAGGUGGGACAGCUGCCAGCUCUCGUUAUGUCCUUCCAAGGGGUACAAUUGAAUCUUACCCCAGAACAAUAUAUUCAAAGAGAUGAGGUGCAGGGACAGGCUCGCUGUUUCAGCUCGAUCGUUGCAGAUCCAGCUAUCAAGACUGAGCGCAUGACACUGGGAAUGUCUUUCAUGGAACACUUUAUAACUAUGUUUGAUCAACAAGAGAACAAAGUGGGAUUCAAGCCGAGAAUUUGCUGUAUAACUAUUUCAACAAGAGAACAAAGUGGGAUUCAAGCCGAGAAUUUGCUGAAUGCGUUUCUUGAUACCGACUUUCGUACAAUGUGGCAUGCAAAUACAAAUCUCUGUUUUCAUUUGAUCUUGCGUUUUUAUUCAUAUGAGGAGAUGAGACCUAUUCCAAUCAGUUGUGCUUUCACUUUACCAAUAAUCUCUUCU